UAUUAGAUAUGGCACGGCCGUCGACGGAUAGCGUCGCCGUUCCGAGACUCCGAAUGCUGUUAGACUUUAUUUUUGCGUCUUGUAAGUUAUGUAACUGUGAAGUUUUAAGACAAUAUUAUGAGUUAUACUAAAAAAAAAACACUAUUUCUUAUUUUGGUACAAAUAAAAAAAUUUGUUUGGAAAAUGAUGAGACAAGACAUUUAUUUAAAAAAAUACUUUGGCAGUAAACGAAACAAUAUAUUUCGCAACGUUGACAUCUUCAUAUUCGUGUUCGAUAUGAAGAACGAAAACGAAGAAUUAGCCAAAGAUUUGAAUUUCUACCAAACAUGUUUAAGUGCUAUUUGUGAACAUUCUCCUUCUGCCAAAGUGUUCUGUUUAAUACAUAAAAGAGAUUUGGUUGCACAAGAUCAAAGGAAAAAGUUAUUUGAAGAUCGUCAAAAUGAUCUAAUUAACAUUUCCAAUCCGGUAAACAUUACUUGCUUUAUGUCAUCAAUUUGGGACGAAUCAUUACACAUGGCUUGGUCAUCGAUUAUAAACAGACUAAAUGUUCAGAAACCGGAAGAAACAAUGGACAAAUUUACUUAUUUAAUGGAAUGCAAUGAGCUAAAACAAAAUAUUCCAAAUCUUGUUUGAGAUUUGGUAUUCAAAGUCAACCUAGUCAUUGACAAAAUCCAAUUUGAUACAUAUUUUUGAUUGUGACAACAGAUACCACUUCAAAAAUGAUUUUGGUUAACAUCAAAAGCUCCAAGCCAAAAUGUGCAGAAUUAUGACAAUAUUUCUGCUUACAGCCAAAAAACCAAUUAUUUUAUUAUAUUAUUUAACUAUUUUUAAUUAUUCUUGUUUUUUAAUAAGUUAUGACAUGAAGCAAUGUUUCAUUACA